AGAGUCGCCAUCCUCAAAACAAACAGAAGAAUAAAAAGAAGCGCCAUGUUUCCUAACCUGGUUUGGUCUGUCCAUUCCAGGUAGGUCAUUUAGAUGGUUGUGUCUGCUGCAUUCUCGCCUCAAAACCACUCCAAACACAAACAAGGCCGUUUUCUGGCUUAUUCGGCGUACGGGAAAAAUCUUGCGACCCUCCCUUUUUUUCCUGUACGCCAGCCAACGUCUCCGGAAUCAUCAUGACCCACAACAUACAUUUCCGCGUCCUGCUCCCUUUACUGUGUCUCUCUCUUGUCGUCAAUGCCGUUCUAGUAAGGAGCCAAAACCCGUCGUCGUUGAUCCUGGGAUGUGGCUUGGCCGACGGCGGAGGCAAAGACACAGACGGAAGGCAAUGGAGCCCCGAUGACAAGUACCUGUCAGGAGGUAGUUCCAGCACGUUCAGAGCCUCCUACCAGGAUCCUUCGCUCUCGUCCGAGGUUCCUUACAUGACGGCUCGAGUUUUCACUUCCGAGGCCACCUACAGAUUUCCCAUUAGUUCCGACAAGCGUUACUGGCUCAGGCUACACUUUUAUCCCUCCGUCUAUUCAAAUUUCGAUCCUGCCAAUUCAUAUUUCUCGGUCACUGCAAAUGGGAUCACCCUCUUGAGCAAUUUCAGCGCCUCCAUUACUUGCGAAGCCCUUUCGCAAGCUUACAUCGACAGAGAAUAUUCCCUCGCCCCUCUGAACUCGGAUUCUCUCACUCUCACCUUCAAGCCUUCCGACAAGUACAAAGGGUCUUUCGCUUUCGUGAAUGGCAUUCAACUCGUCGAGAUGCCGAACUUGUUUGAUUCGGCCACGCUGGUGGGUUUUAACCAAAUGAUGGAUACCAACGGCUUGCAUUCGCAGACAAUGUUCAGACUAAACGUUGGAGGACAAUACAUAUCACCAUCCCAAGACUCUAAUCUCUCCAGAACGUGGUACGACGACACCCCGUAUCUUUACGGUGCAUCCACGGGUGUCACCACCGAAGCGGACAAGAGCGUCCGAAUCAACUAUCAAAACAUGCCGCAGUACAUCGCUCCUCCUACCGUCUACUCCACGUCCAGAUCUAUGGGAAGCGACAAGGACGUGACGCUGGGGUAUAACCUUACGUGGAUUUUCCAAGUGGAUCCUAAUUCCAUGUAUCUCACGAGGUUACACUUUUGCGACUACACGUUUGACAGAAUCAACGAAAUAACCUUCAAUAUAUACGUGAAUAAUCAAACGGCCCAGUCCGCGGCCGAUGUGAUUGGAUGGACGAGUGGGAAAGGCGUGCCGACUUACAAGGACUACGUGGUAUAUGCACAGGAUGGGCCCAGCGCCGAUCAACUCUGGCUUGCUCUCCACCCCGCAACUGAUACCAAGCCUGAAUACUAUGAUGCCAUUCUUAACGGGGUUGAAAUAUUCAAGCUCAACGAUACAACCUUGGCGGGACCCAAUCCUCAGCCUUCGGACAUGCUCAUGAAGGCGCAGGAGGAGGAGCAAAAAUCUUUCGCGAACAAGGGGCAGCAGAAUAAUCAUCCGGCUAUAAUUGGUGGAGCUGCAGGAGGGGCUGCUUUACUGGCUGCACUGUGCAUUGCAGUUUACCAGAGGCAGAGGAGAGUCCCAGGAUCAGAGUCGCACACAUCAAGCUGGCUUCCGCUCUAUGGGAAUUCCCAAAAUGCCAGCAAAUCCACCAUUUCUGGGAGGAGCUCGGCUGGUGUUACCUUAUCGGCCACUGCUCAAGGCCUCUGCAGGUAUUUCUCAUUGCCGGAUAUAAAGCACGCGACCAGGAAUUUCGAUGAGUCCAACGUUAUUGGGGUCGGAGGAUUCGGUAAGGUGUAUAAAGGUGUGAUUGAUAAUGGGUUUAAAGUGGCAAUCAAGAGGUCCAAUCCGCAAUCGGAACAAGGCGUCAAUGAAUUCCAGACUGAGAUCGAGAUGCUUUCCAAGCUUAGGCACAAGCAUUUGGUCUCAUUGAUCGGGUUUUGUGAGGAGGAUGAUGAGAUGUGUCUGGUUUAUGACUACAUGGCUCGUGGCACUUUAAGGGAACAUAUUUACAAGGGAAACAAACCUGUCAACGCUCUAUCAUGGAAGCAAAGGUUGGAGAUCUGCAUCGGAGCUGCCAGAGGACUACACUACCUUCAUACCGGAGCUAGGUACACCAUCAUUCAUAGGGAUGUCAAGACAACUAACAUUCUUCUAGAUGAAAAUUUGGUUGCCAAAGUUUCAGACUUCGGCCUCUCAAAAACUGGUCCAAACAUGAAUAACGGCCACGUCAGUACAGUGGUAAAGGGUAGCUUUGGAUACUUGGAUCCUGAAUAUUUUAGGAGGCAACAGUUAACAGAGAAGUCCGAUGUGUACUCAUUCGGGGUUGUCCUAUUUGAGGCACUCUGUGCAAGGCCUGCUCUAAAUCCCAGCCUUUCCAAGGAACAGGUGAGCUUGGCAGAUUGGGCUCUGCUGAAUAAAAGAAGAGGGACUCUAGAGGAUAUAAUAGACCCAAAUCUCAAAGGAAAGAUCCAUCCAGGAAGCUUGAAGAAGUUCGCAGACACUGCUGAAAAGUGCUUGUCAGAUCAUGGAGUGCAUCGUCCCACAAUGAAUGAUCUGUUAUGGAAUCUUGAACUUGCCCUGCAGCUGCAGGAAAAUCCCGAUGCUUCAAUGAAGUCAUCUUCGCGUGCGGAGGAAGGAGAAUUCGAAGAGAUAAGCUUGAAAAGCAACGACGCAGCAACACAUUAUAAGAAUCCAAGCCUAGGGGGUGAGCAGGAGAUGAGCAAGGAGUCGGGUGAGAAUUCUAAUGCCAUCUUCUCACAAAUUGUCAAUCCCAAGGGACGAUGAAGAGAAUGGUGCUCAUAUAAUCUUUGUGCUGUAUGAAAUAGCUUCAUUGUUUAAGAUGCCAUGGAAAAAUCAGCUCAAAAUAUAUACCGCUUUGAUUGUUUCCGUGUUUUCAUAAUUUCUCGGGCCUUGCCGUUCGUUAUUUUUUCGGUUGGACAACCUAUAAUGUCUGUGGCAAAUUAUUUGGAUAAGGAGCCAGCAAAAUUUGUAUAUGUAUCCGUGACAUAUUUGUAUCCAUAUUUCUAAAUAGAAAGGAUUGUGAUUCUUUGUUUGUCUACAAAACAGUACUGUGCAUCAAUAUAUUUAAAUUUAAGUA